AUGGCAUCCUCACAGUCAUCGCUGGUAGCAAGCCUGCUGCCUGGUCUUCUUUCUUCCGCCGUUUCCCCGUCGAGGUCAUCCACAUUCGCAGCUUCGUCUAUCCACCAACUAUUCGUCCCACCAUCAAAUUCUACCUCAGGAACUCCCCAUGACCACGAUGGGGGUAACGGGGGAAACAUGCAUGAAUGGUCAUCGCUGAUUGGAAUUAUCACGGCUUUAUGCGGAAAUGUUUUGAUCUCGUUGGCUCUCAAUAUCCAACGCUACGCGCAUAUUCGGAUCACAAGGGAAUGGGAGCAGGACAAGAAUCGCAACGGGGAAUAUGGAAACAAUGGAACCCGCGCCGGGUCGAGGGGAAGAUCCCAGGCUCAAUACCGAGACUCUGAUCAGGAUGAUUUCGAACCUUAUCGCGACGAUGAUGGCGACGACACCGAGGGGAGGAACACUGGUUCGAGCUCGCGGGCCACUAGCACUGGAAGCAAGGAUGGCGCAUACGGCAACCGCAAAUCCUACCUCAAGUCUCCAUACUGGUGGGCUGGAAUCAUGCUUAUGGUUGUAGGGGAAAUGGGCAAUUUCAUGGCCUACGGCUUUGCACCGGCUUCGAUUGUUUCGCCAUUGGGAGUUGUGGCUUUGAUAUCGAAUUGUAUCAUUGCGCCAUGCCUACUCAAGGAAAAAUUCCGCAAGCGAGAUCUCUGGGGCGUGCUCGUCUCUAUUGCUGGUGCUGUGGUUGUGGUUCUCAGUGCCAAAUCAUCCGAGGAACAAAUUGGACCUGAUGAAAUAUGGGCGAACAUCACACGAUGGGAGUUCCUGCUUUAUCUCGGAUUGACCACAUCGUUGAUUAUCGGUCUCAUGUGGGCAAGCCACCCGUACGGCUCGCGAUCGAUUCUUAUUGAUGUUGGGCUCGUUGCAUUAUUUGGCGGAUACACAGCUCUUUCUACGAAGGGAGUCUCUUCGCUUCUGUCUGGCACAUUGUGGCACGUUAUUACAUUCCCUAUAACGUACCUGCUUGUCUUUGUCCUCGUCGCCAGUGCAUUGAUGCAAAUCCGAUACAUCAAUCGCGCUCUGCAACGCUUCGACUCCACGCAGGUGAUCCCAACACAGUUUGUUCUCUUCACUCUUGCUGUAAUCAUCGGAAGUGGGGUCCUUUACCGUGAUUUUGAAUCGAUAACGACUGAGCGCGCGACAAAGUUUGUUGGCGGAUGUGUGUUGACUUUCCUCGGGGUUUCCUUCAUCACGAGCGGUAGAGUCCGCGCCGACGAUGAGUCGUCAUUUUCAUCUGAAGACGAGGAGGGGUCCAUUGGUUUAGUCAAUGGCGAAAGGUAUCAUGACGGAAUUGAUUUGUCUCCGCCUGGACAUCAAUUGCCGAAGGCAUCAGAUGUUUCCAGAGAAGCACCAUAUGACGUUCCACAGUCCCCACGGGGGUCCAUAUUGAGCCAAGCCAUUGAUGGAGUUGAUGAUGAUCAGUCUACCCCUAGAGGCAUUCUCUCGGCCGCGCCCUCUUCGCCUCAUGGAUCUUUAAUCGGUGCAUCUCCUCUGUCUGCUCCGUCGUUUGACUUCACAUCACCACUGCGGCCCCCAUCUCGCAUGUCCAACCCAUGGGCAGACAUACAGGAUCAGGCUGUCGUGACACAGCAGUCUGAUAUCCGCCCCGUUACUCCCCCCGCACAUGAAGACGAGACACCACAAGCCUCGACAGUCCUCCUACGGUUCCCUCCUGCACCUGGUAUUGAAGAAACGGCGGGGGCCAAUGGAAACGCCGGUACCGGUACUGUCCGACGUGCUUCAACCCCCACGCUUUUAGAUCAAGCCAGCCACCCCGUUCGCAACGAGGCUACCCUCGAAACACCAUCGCGACGCGCUUUGCGUAACUCCAUCUCUCAUCGUUUCUCCCCUGGGCCCCUUCUUCCCACACUUUCCGGUGGCUUCACUGCCGUGGUCGCCGAUUCUAUCCGGCGUGGCGAUGGUAGUCCUCUCAAGGAUCGGACAAGGCGGCGAUUGGGACGUCGGCGUCACCUCGACGGCGCUUUUGCAGAUCCAUCCCUCGAGGGAAACAGUGAUGCGGCGCUUUCACUUGCAACUGCUCGACUCCAGUCCGCCACCAACCUAUCGGACAGCCCCGCGGAGGCUGGCCAUUCGACGUCAGCUGUGCCACCAGUAAUUAAUACCGUACCGGCACCACUCACCAACGAAGAUGCGACCCGUCUUCGCAGCUUGAGUGACUCGUGGAGCGGUGGGCUUGCGUGGCUGGGUGGUGCUCUCCGGAAAACUCAGAGCAGUAUUGCUGCUGCGGGAAUGCCAACACCCGAGAAUGAGACACAGCUCGAGCCAAGCCACAACGCCGGUGAUUCUGAGAUCGAGACGGAAUCUCGGCGAUAA